AUGGCUACUUCUGAUCAAUCUCCGCCGCACAACGUCUUCGUCUACGGCAGUUUCCAAGAACCAGCCAUCGCCGGUUUGAUCCUCGAAUGCACUCCGGUCAUCGUCUCCGCCAAACUCCACGGCUUUCAUCUGUAUAGACUCAAAGGACGUUUGCAUCCUUGUAUUGCUCCUUCUGAUAAUGGAAUCGUCAAGGGCAAGAUAUUAACUGGGUUAACAGAUGCUCAGCUUGAGAAUUUAGACAUGAUUGAAGGAACUGAAUACGUGAGGAAGACUGUUGAAGUUGUAUUGACUGACACUUCGGAGAAGAAGAAAGUGGAGACAUAUGUAUGGGCCAAAGAGGAUGAUCCUAACAUGUAUGGAGAAUGGGAUUUUGAGGAGUGGAAGCCUCUUCAUAUGGAGGCAUUCUUAGAGGGGUUCAAGCAAUUCAUGGAAUGGAAGAAGAAUCCUGAUGGGAAACCAAUGGCUAAGUUUGAUAAAUAUGUACUCGAAGAUCCUCCUGCUGAGUGA